UUUGUGGUUUCCUUCAUUCGGGCAUUUUUCAUUGGACUGUUUGUUUGAUUAUUUUACUCCGAUAUUUCGUGGUUUUCUACAUACAGUAGUAUGUAACUUUUACUGUUUUGAUAGUGUGGUGUAGAGGAUCAUCCUCGAUUCGGAAGUGAAAACAUCAUGGAUACGCCGUCAAUGGAAACUAUAUACCAGGCCAUAAGUGCUCUCUAUGAUAACUCCAAUCCUAAUGAUAAGGAAAUUAAAGAAAAGGCUUCCAAAUGGCUAGGAGAAGUGCAAAAAUCGAUUCAUUCAUGGAAAAUAGCUGAUGAGUUGUUACAACAGAAGAAGGAUAUUCACUCGUGUUAUUUUGCUGCUCAGACAAUGAGGUCAAAAGUGCAGCAUAACCUAUCAGAGCUUCCAGAGGAAGCCCGUGCGUCUCUUAGGGACUCCCUUAUUGCCCAUUUAAGAGGAGACAUGUCAGAAACUAGUCAAGCCAUCCUCACGCAACUGUGCCUGGCCCUUGCUGACCUAGCAUUACAAAUGCCUACAUGGAAGAACUGUACUAGUGACCUAAUUAAAUCAUUUUCUGACAGAAGUAACCCAGCUUUAUUAGAAAUUUUAACAGUACUACCGCAAGAAAUUGACUCUUCUAGUUUGAAAUUAGGAGAAAACCGACGUGAAGAUAUAAGACAGGAAUUACGGACAAAUACUGAUCUAGUUACUAUGUUUUUGAAAGAAAGCAUAACAAGUACACAGAACACACAGCUAGCACUUAAAAUUAUAAAAUGCAUGACAUCAUGGAUACAUGUUAGGGCAGUGAACAUUCAAGAAAUUCCUCAGAAUGCUGUAAUAGCAUACUGUUUGCAAGUUCUAAGAGAUUACAAUUGUAUAAACACACUUCAUGAUGCAGCAUCAGACUGCCUGUGUUCAUUGCUGCACACACUAGAAGAAAAUAACAAUAAUGAAGAGAUAGAAAGACUAUUAUUUGAUAGCAUAGCAGCUUUAGAAGAGUGCUAUCAUUUAGCUGUGGCUCAUGAAGAAGAGGACAAGGCUUCAAACUUUGCUAGGAUCUUCACAGAAUUGGCAGAGACUUUCUUGGAAAAGAUCAUUUCUGCCACAUCAACAGGGCAGACCCACUUUGCAAUGAGAUCACUAGAGUUGGCCCUAGUAUGUGUUGGACAUCAUGAUUAUGAGGUAGCUGAAAUUACAUUUAAUCUAUGGUACCGUUUGUCUGAAGAUGUCUACCGCAGAGACUAUCAACCUCUAACAGAUGCAUUUAAACCACAUAUAGAGCGCCUUAUUGAGGCUCUGGCGAGGCAUUGCCAGUGUGAACCUGAUCGCACACAGCUUCUGGAUGAAGGGGAUGAUUUCUAUGAGUUCAGAGUGAAGGUAAUGGAACUGAUCAAAGAUGUGGUGUUCAUUGUGGGCUCGAGCUCUGUGUUCCGGCAGAUGUUUGCCACAUUGCAGGCUGACUUGUCCUGGGAGCGCACUGAGGCUGCACUCUUUGUCAUGCAAGCUGUCGCCAAAAAUAUUUUACCGGACGAAUAUGAAUAUGUUCCAAAAGUGGUGGAAGCAAUACUUUCCAUGCCUGAAGGUGCUCACCCGGCAGUUCGGAAAACGUGCAUCCUGCUCUUGGGAGAGCUGUGCGACUGGAUCGAGAGGCAUCCCACAUGCCUGGAGCCUUGUCUGCAGACCUUAGUGACGGCGUUGCAGGAGCCCAAAUUGGCUCCGGCGGCUGCUACUGCGUUACAAAACAUCUGCAAGGCCUGCAGCAAAGAGGCGGCCUCCCACGCCGUGACGUUGCUCCGCGCGACGCGACACCUGGACAGCCUGGCGCUGCCGCCCGGCGCCGGCGCCUCGCUGGUGCGCGCGCUCGCCAGCGCACUCGCCUCGCUGCCGCAGGACCAGCUGACGGUGGCGAUGCGAGAAGCCGCCUCCAUCCAACUCGGCACGCUGAAGGAGAUCCUAGCCGGCAGCGGCGGCGACUCGGACCCUUGCCCCACGCUGGACCUGCUGGCGGCGCUGUUCCGCGAGCUGUCGCCGCGCAAGGCCGACGCCUGCGUGCCCGCGCUCGGCGACGCCUGGCCCGUGCUGCACGACGUCUUGAUCAAGUACCAGUCGGACGGGCGCGUGAUGGAGCGCGGCUGCCGCGCGCUGCGGUUCGCGCUCCGCUGCUGCGCGCGCCGCGCCGCGCCGCUGCUGCCGCACCUCGCGCGCGCCAUGGCCGACAUCUACGCGCGGCACCCGCACUCGUGCCUGCUCUACCUCGCCAGCAUCCUAGUGGACGAGCUGGCGCACGAGCCGCAGUGCGUGCCGGACCUCAUCGACCUGCUCAAGGCGCUCAUGCCGCGCGCCUUCGACCUGCUGCAGCGGGAGAACGGCCUCAAGGAUAACCCGGACACCGUCGACGAUCUCUUCAGGCUCUGUAUCAGGUUCCUGCAACGCAUCCCACUAGAGUUCCUCUCAUCCGGUGCGAUGCCGGCGAUCGUGCAGUGCGGCACGCUGGCCACGGCUCUAGACCACCGCGAGGCUAACUGUUCUGUCAUGAAGUUCCUGCUCGACCUGAUCUCCCGCGCCACCACCACCCGGGAACAGAACAAGGAGAUCAAAGUGCUAGCGGACGGCAUCCUGGUGGAGUACGGCGGGUCGCUGACGUACGCGCUGCUGGAGUCGGCGGUGCUGCACCUGCACGCGUACAUGCUGGGCGAGGUGGGCGAGGUGGUGCUGGAGCUGGUGCGCUGGCAGCGCGCGCGCGGCGCCGACGUGCUGGCGCCGGCGCUAGCGCGGCUGCCCCGAGGGCCCGUCGCCGCCACCGAGCACCAGUGCUGGAACUUCCACCAGCUCGCCACGAGGGCGGAGAAAUGCAAGGAAAUGACGCGAUUACUGCGAGACUUCGCGAGGUUGUAUCGGUAACUGACAGAAAACUCAGCUCAACCUAAAACAACAUUAUAUGUAUUAAAUAGAAUUAAUGAAAAGUUAUAUUUCAUUAUUUCGGAAAACUGACAACUACGAAUGUCGUUUAUAAUUACAGUAGGUACGUAUGUACUCUAACCAGACUGUUUGAAAUAUUGUAACUAAGUAAAGUAGAACUACUUUAGCCUUUCCCUAUUAAAUAAAUAAAUAUUAUGAACGAGCAAUAAUAAAGAAAGACAUAUGAUUUAUUCACUGUCAAAAUCAUUGUUAUUUUGACACAAUAAACUGGAAUAUAUAAAUUAUUCCACUGUAGCAAUCUCACUACUCUUGUCUGAAUUAUUGACGACUGUGAAAGAUUGAUUUGAGUUUUAUGUGUUUCGAAUGAAACCAUUAACCAAUGAAUCAACUCGGUGCGAGUUAGGUAAGUAUGCAGUUUUAUUUCUAAGUAAAUAUAUUUUGUUAUAUACUCUCUUUUAUUUCAAAUGCGAUUUAAUUGUAAAUAUUUAUUAAAAAUGUUUACUUUA